UCUUCCGCGCUUUGCAUUUGCGUGGUCGGUUGGUGUUGUAAUUUUUCGUUAUUAACAGGGAAAAUGAGUAAUGAUGCAGAGUGCUGUGCUGCAUAUUCCGAUGACUGCAAGCUUUUUGCCUUUUCUAGUCCAGAUGGACGUUUGAAAAUAUGGGAUACCGAUUCUGGGACGCUGAAACAAGAGUAUGUUCCCAGCUCACAUUUGUCCGCGGCAGCCACGUGUCUAUCAUGGCGUGGACAGUCGACCGGCGAGACGCCGCGGCACAGGAAGCAGCGCGCCCGGUCCUCCGGCGGCGGCGGCCCGCUGCUGGCGCUCGGCACCCCGACCGGCUCCGUCCUGGUGUACAGUGUGCUGGCCGGAGACCUGCAGACGGAGCUGACCGCGGACGGCGGCACCGCCGGCGGGGCGGCCAUCCACUGCGUGGCCUGGGACGCCGGCGGACAGCAUGUGUUCGGCGGCGCCGCCGACGGUCAUGUCCUACAGUGGGCCAUCAAAAACGGAAAGGUCAAAUGUAAGCUGAAGGCGGGCAAGUCGCCGGUGUUCAGCGUGUGCCCGCUGCCAGACGGCGCCACCGUGCUGACGGCCGGCCGCACUAUCGUCUGGUGGGAGCUGGCCACGGGCGCCCAGCUGCGCCAGUACCCGGGACACGCCACGCCCGUCACCUACCUGCAGCACGUGCCGCUGCCGGGCCUGGACGGCGAGGGCGGCUACUUUGUGAGCGCAGCCGCCGGCGGCCGGGUGGUCAGCGCCUGGCAGCUGAGCCGCGCGGCCGACGGCGACGCCCAGCCGGCGGCGUCCGUGUCGUUCGCUCUGUCGGCCGAGCCGAGCCAGGUGUGCGUGACGCGUCAGCCGGCCGAUGACGCCGUCCUGGUGACGGCCGUCACCACCACCGGCGUACUGCACGUGUUCGAGCGGCAGCUGAAUGGUGUGAAGAAGAAGCCUGUGAAGCCGAAGCUGACGGUGCGGGUGGCCAGCGACUGUGCGGUGCCGAAGCCUCUACCGGUGCUCUGCGCCCGGCCCGGUAGCGAACAGCCGACCAAACUGCACCUGUGUCAUGGCUCCUUCCUGCGGCCAGCCUUCGAGCGACUGCCGUACGAGACAGAUGAGCCGUCUCUGUGUCUGGUGCGGGCCGACCCGGCCGCGGCGCCGGCGGCUGCUCCGUCGGCGGCCGCCGGGCGGGUCAAGACGCCGGCCACGGACGGACCCGUGCGGCAGUUGGCGGCCGGCCACCUCUCCACCGGGCGAAAACGGCGCGCCGGGGACGCUAGUGACGCGGCGCCGGCGCUGCCCACUGCCGAGCUGCCGCUUGAGCAGCGGCUGGGCGGCCUGGUGGCCACGGCGGCAGGCCGGCCGGCGGCGCCGCCCUCAGCAUCCAGCAUGGCGCAACUGCUGGUGCAGGGUCUGGCCAGUAAGGACCGGGCCAUGCUGCGCACCGUACUGGAGACGGAGGACCCGGCGGUGGUACGGAGCACGGUUAACGCGCUGCCGCUGGACGCUGUGUUGCCCUUCAUUGACCGGCUGGGACACCUGCUGCGGUUUGCCGACCAGAGUUUUUCGGCGCUGCAGUGGCUGCGGGCGGUGAUGGAGCGGCACUCGUCCUACCUUCUAACGCAGACCGAUCUGGAUUCGGUGCUAGCGCCCGUCUACAGCAGCGUACAGGUGCGUCUGCGCUGCUUCCCCCGGCUGCUGCAGCUGCGCGGCCGGCUGGAUCUGCUCACCGGACAGAUGGCCGCGCGGAGGAAACGGACGGCGGCCGUCUCCUCGACGCCUGCCGAGCCGCUGCUCAGCUAUAGAGACGACUCGUCUGAUGACGAGGGCGGCCUGCUGGGCCGGCCGCCGCCGUCACCUGACGACGUCUCGGACAUGUCGGAUGACCCCGAGAUGGACGACCAGGAGGACCAGGCGAUGGAGGAUGAGGACGGCUCUGAGGAGGCCGAGGACGCCGAGGACCUCGAGGAGGACGAUGAGGACGAGGACAGUGGUGACGAGGACGAAGACGAGCUCAUGAACGGUGACUGAUCGCCAGCCGGCCGGGUGUGUGUGCGUGAGAGUGCCAGAGGUUGUAGCGGCGGCCGUGCGCGGCGCUGGAUCGGCUGGGACCGUGCGGCGGAGCGGAGUCGCUCCGCAACUGGUUAACGGUGGUGUUUGUGGCUCUUUUGUUGAAAUGUGACGGUUUUUAGAGCGACAUAUCCCGGUAUCGGUCUAAAAUCGCCGUUGAAAUGGUGCCUGUGAUGACUGGACUGGUGGCGGAGCUGUGUGACCGCCCUGGUGGGCUGGCGGGACGGAGGCCGGUCGCCCGUUCCGCCCACAGACAAACGGCGGGUCGACGCCGACCGGCCCCCGCAGCUGUUGCCACAAUCGAAACAGAGCGAUAUUUUUAUCGUGUGUCGUGCGCGGGCGCCUUGCCGAUGCCUUUUAGCAGCGCGGAUGGAGGGUGUGGGCGCCUGCGCCGCGCGCUAAUACAAGGUCAUGCCGCACUCAUCCGAGUGUUGAGACCGGGCCAAGGCGGCCGCGGCGAGACGGGUACUUACACCGCCCGUCUUUUGUGUGAUACCAUCCUGCGUCGAACGGAGACGCCGUAUCUGACUACCGACUAGCUGUCCGCUGAGGACCGGCUAUAUCCGUCGAUACAUCACCGGAGUAACCCACUGGCCUCGUGAACCGCUGUCGUUCAGAGGCGUGACAGACACGGGUUUGAUAUGAUCCAAUCGGUGCCGAUACCACUGUGGUGUGAAAUGCGAAGGCUACUGACACCAUCGGCAGUGACGAAAAAAUGAACACGCCAUAGCAAGUGCUACUUCUGGUGGAAAUAGGCCAACAUGUCGCCAGGAGCUUCGAAAAUGCAAAAAUCGCACUUGAUAACGAGAAAUCCGUGCGGUGGACUGUGUUGCGCUGUGUUUGUUAUUUUUUAUCGAGGGGAUCUUGCAGCGCACAUUGUGAAAGGGAUAUGAACCGGGUCUUAUCUUUCUCAAUAAAGGUAUUGACGUGUG